AUGAACAUUAUAACUCUGAUUUUAUUAUCAUUACUCUUUUUAAAUGUGGAAUGUAUAAAAUAAUAUCAAAUUUACAUAUAUCCUUAUUGGCCACUUACAGUUUGCAAUUCUACAAAUGCUUAGAUAUUAUUAGACUCGAAUACUUAAAUGAAUUCUGCUCAAUUAAGUAUUAUAUCGGGUUAUGAACUGCAGCUUGUCUUAUAAAAUAUAGGUAACAUGAAGAAUGAUUAAUUUUAUCAGAUACAACUUACAUGUGUAAGUCCUGAUAGUUUUUAUUAAACAUUGGCAAAUGACGCUUCUACAACUGAUAGAAUUGUUUUAGGAAUAGGAGCUCAACGAGUUAGCUAAUCUGUUUUAAGCUAAAAUAUUGCUAAUUCUAUGCCAAUAUAUCUAAGCAGCUUGAAGUUAAUAUAUUAGUAAGAUUAAAACAAAAGCUACUGGAUUUUAUUCAGACCUUUGUCUGUAGAAGUUAUAUUCAGCUAUUUGGGAUUAGGAAUCGCAGUGAGUUUGAUAGUUUGGUUUAUGGAAGAGCGUGCUUGGAGUUAGCCAAAGAUAAAGCAUAUUAACAAUAUUUUAGAAAUAGUCUAUGAUGUAUUCUCAAGUCUCUUCUUUACCAAUUUAAUUUAUUUGCAAAAAGCUAGCUCUAGAAUCGUUCUUUGGUUCUUUUGGUUCACUACAUUUGUUUAUAUAGUAAUUUAUUAAUCUGAAUUGACUCUCAAAGUUUCUGAAUCCUACACCACAAAAACUCUCAGUAGUAUGGAUUCAGCUAUUUCAUAAAACUACAAGAUAGGAGUUUUUGAUGUUUUUUAUAAUCAAAUGUUAAGCAGUUAUCCAGACAAUACUUCUAAUUUUGUUAGCUAUAAUACCACUAACACUCUACAGACAAUUAAUCAACUAUUUACAGAUCUUUAAACUAGCAAAAUUUAAGGAUUUCUUUUAGAAACUCCUUUGUCUAAUUAUUAUUGUUCUUUAUAUUGCAGUGCUGAAGCAGUUGAUGAAGUUAUCUUAUCAUUUAACUAUGUGAGUCUUUUUGCGAAAGGAACAAGUAAUUAAGUUAUUGUCAAUUACAAUUCAUAGUUAUCUAAGUCUCAACAGUCCUUGCCUUUGAGCUUGAUAAAAGGAUAAAUUUUUGAUGUUACUGGAUUAUCUCCCUGCUAAGCAAGUGCAGAGCAAAUAAAGACAUCAGAACUUGCAGGAGUAUGGAUUAUUCUAGGAAUAACUUUUGGCAUCACUCUAUUUAUUUGGGGAAUAUAGAAGUGUUUGAAAGUAAAGCUAAGCAAAAGCACUAAGUAUUAUUACUAGUUUUAAAACUAAAAAAAUUAACUUUUUGAAGAUCGCUUAUAAAAACAAAUAAAACAAGAAGUGUCUGAAAUUUUGGAAAACUAUAAAGGAAACUUUUUCAAAUAAAUUUAACUAUUUGAAAGAAGUUUAAUGCUAUAAGAUGUAGAUGAAAAGAGUAUGUAAAAUAUACAUACACCAGGCUAUCCAAAAGAACAACAUGACGAAGUUACAAUUGAUAAUUAAAAUGAAGUCUAUAAAAGAACUAUCUAAAAACAAUCAGAAUGA